AUGAAUUUAGACGAGGAAGGUAGAAGUAGUGGGAAAGAGAAGGACGCAGGGCCAGGCAAGGGCAUUCUUAAACAGAAUCAAAGCUCACAGAUGACUCCGAGCUUUCUAGAAAGUUCAGGUAUCCGUAUUCCUACUAGGAUAAUAACAAAAAAGGACGUUCUCGACGGUAGCAAUACGACAUCUAGGAUCAAUACCCUCAAUUUGCAAGACAAAGUGAAGAGAAGGGUUUCGUUUGCUCCCGAUGUAACGUUGCACAGCUUUACUUUCGUACCCGAACAAAACAAUGAAGCUAAAGAACCUAGACGUAAAAAAAAUACGAACAACAGUCCUACGAAAAGGGCUAGCCAGGAGGAACCUUUCGUAACGUCUACUCAAAUCGAUGAUGCUCGUAAAGAAGAAAAAGUAGUUGCAUAUGAAGAUUUUGACGUGUCAGGAAUGGAAUUUACGGAGCCUAUAGUCGCAAUUCCGGAUGAUAACAAGGCCUCGCAAGAUGACCUCACUUCAAUGGAAAUGACUGAAAUCUUCCCUCAAAGGAUUAGACGAGAAGAUUCAGAUAUAGAAGAAAAAGAGAAUGAGCAAUCCCAGCACCUUGAUGAUGCUGGGACAAUACGAGAGGAAACAAUGGAACUGACUGCCAUACAUAAUGUACACAACUAUGAUGCUACUUCAGAGAGCAUGGUAGAGGGUGAGCCAAUGAACCUUACGAGAUAUGAGUCUAAGGCAUAUGUUUCGGGCAAUGCUUCGUACAGUGGUGUGAGGCCCUCCGACCGUGACGUGGAAGGAGGUAGUGAUAGAGGAAAAGGCAUUUCAAUUUCUGAAAACAACAUGAAUUCUUCUCAGCCAAUGGAAAUGACUGAAGUAUUUCAUGCUCAUAUACAAACACCUUCUAAUAGAAACGGCGAUGUCAAUAUCAACGAUAGCGGUAACGAGAAGGAAAUUACGCAAAUUCAGACAGAUUUUGAUCGUAGAAAUGGCCGCAGUGAGGAACAUUCCGACAAGAAAAAUGUAUCAACUCCUAACAAAAGGCGUAAACUAGGUAUUGUCUCUGAUUAUGCUGUCCCAGUUACCUCGGUUACUACACCCGUUAGAUAUGAAAGGAAUGCCAGUGUGGAGGAUGAUGAUGAUUUAGAGAUGAUGGAAAAAAUGUCACCGAUAACAUUUAGCGAUGUUGAUAAUAAGGCCGAGAAUAGAUCUCAUCGUAGUUUCACCACAGAAGCCGAUAGUGAGGGCGUUAGUAUGGAAAUUGAUACAGGAGACGGAGAAGAUGCGAAAGACGAUGAUAACGACAUUAAAAUAGCUGAAUCAAUAGAACCUCCUGGAGUUGACAACAAAUGGCAAUCCGAUGUAGUAUUGCCCACUCAAGACUACACUUUACGAGAGUUUAUUGAUGAGGUGGGAGUGGGGUUUCUAGAUACUAAACUAAUAGAUGACCUCGAUAAGAAAGUUAACUUCCCGCUCAACAGUCUCAAUCUUAUGGAGAUUCAGAGGAUAGAUAAUGUACUUUCUGCCUACUAUAUUGAUAUACCAAUUCUGGAAGUGGAAGCCUUCAGAUGCAAAGAGCUUUGGAGGAGCAUUAAUGAAUCUAAAAAUAAAUUCAAGGACUUCGAGACCCAAAUUGAUCGAUCUCAUCCCCCUCUUUUACUUCAAGAAUAUUUCUCUUCAAGUGAAAAAAUGAAGCAGCUGAUGAAAGACCAACUGCAAUUGGUUAAAGGGUACUCUAAAUUGGAGGCAGCAAUGGAAUGGUAUGAAUGGCGGAAAAAACAACUUAAUGGAUUAGAAUUAAUUUUGGCAGAAAAUUUAAGUGUUUUGAAGGGAGACUACGAAAGAUUAAACGAAGAGAUUGAAAAAAUCAAUACUAUUAGAGGGAAAACACAAAAACUUAAUGAAUCGAUAAGGGAAGAGAUAAGAUCUCUAAAAAACUUACCAUCGGACUCUUACAAACCCACCUUAAUGAACAGGAUCAAAAUUGAGGCUUUCAAACAAGAAUUGAUGAAGCAUUCCAUAUCUUUAAGCUCCACUAACGAUCUUACUCAAGAAAUGCGCUCCAUUAAAUCGACAAUUGCAAAGAAAUCCAAUGAUUUGCUAGCCUUAAGAAGUGAAAUUGUCGCUGUGGACAAGAAAAUGGACAGGCGACAAUUGUUCACACGAUUUGACAUGCCAAAACUACGGGAUAACCUCAAGGUUUUAGAGUCAUUAACGGGUAUAUGCUUUUUGAAACUCUCAAGGUCGACGCUCUCAGUUGAAUUUCAUCAAUUCGAUGGUUUGAGAGUGGAGAUUAACUUGACAACUUUCAAAGAUGAUCCCUUCAAGUCCGUGAACGUUAUCAAUGAUGAAAAUACGGAGCCUACGAGUUACCACUUAUUCAGAAUGCUGUUACAGAAUAUUGAGCGUGAAAAUCAAGAGAGCUUUCUUUCAAAUCUGUUUAUUGCCAUGAAAAAGUGGAGGCCAUUACUAAAGUACAUAAAAUUAUUAAAGCUCUUGUUUCCGGUAAAAAUCAUUGACAGCGAAGAACAAGAAGCAAUUCUGCAGCUCAAGGAUUAUGAUAGAAGAAACAAGACUGCGGUGUUUUACGGUAUAUCUUAUCUAUCUUUUACCCAGGGCCUGUUCUCGGAAAAUGGACAAAUUCCAAUGAAAGUUCGUAUAAUUUCUCAACAAAACUAUUCGCCGUCACGAGAAGUGCUCUCCGACAGAAUAAUUCACAAGAUUAGUGGAAUUCUCCCCUCAUUUACUAAAAGUAGAAUAAGCCUGGAAUUUAUAUAA